AUGGCCGAAGAAGCCUCUCCUGAGAAGACGACCGCUGGAGAGUCAUUCUUGUCUCAGCCGAGCGAUGCCCAAGGCCAACUCACCGCGGCGGUUGACGAUCUCCUCGAUCAGCUCCAAAGCAAAUUUGACAAUGUCUCGAAGGAAAUGUUUGGCAAAUUGGAUGAUAUGACCCGUCGCCUAGACGAACUGGAGGCCUCCCUGACAGCAUCGGGGAGUAACUCGGCGUCCGCGACUCCCACUAAAUAA